UAACAAACGAGUCGGAAGUAUAACACGAUCCCUCUAUCAAUUUUAACUGCGUAUACAUUUCAAAUUGUAAACAAUUCAUUAUAUUCAUAUUUGAAAGAAGUUUAUUAGUGAAUAACCAUAGUUUACGGCCAAACGUUUUCCCGACCCGCUUGCGAAGAUGACGCGACCAUUUGGCCUAAUCAUUAUUGGGGUCCGUAAAUUAGUUCCACUGAAGGAAUCUAAAAUCAAUGUGACAGUUCAUGGUUUUAUAGCCAAUGUAGAAUGCCAACUGCUAUACCAGAAUGAAACUACAGAACCCAUACAAACCAGUUUUGUUUUUCCUAUGGAUGAUAUGUCAGCUGUAUACAAGUUUGAAGCUGACAUUAAUGGAAAGCACAUCAUCGCAGAGUGUCAGGAAAAGGAAGAGGCCAGAAGAACUUACAAUGACGCAAUUUCUCAUGGACACACCGCAAUGUUACUGGAGGAGGAAUAUACAGCCGGUGACAUAUUUGAAUGUAAACUAGGCAAUCUGCCAGGAGGAGAGAUAGCCAUAUUAACUAUGAGUUACGCUGUAGAAUUAUCAUAUCAGCCAGGUGGUACAGUAAGGUUCACACUUCCCACAGUUCUUAAUCCUAGAUACAUGCCAGUUGAGGCCGUCGUUGGUGGACGUACCACAAGAAGCCAGCCAGCUGGGGAAAUUGACAUCAAAUCGCCCUGUAUUCUGACGUUUAAAAGCACCAUCACAGGACGGUAUAGAAUAAAGUCUGUAUCUAGUUCAAAAGAUAAUCUGAAUGUAACCUACAACAAAUACAGGACAUCAGCUGAUAUUCACCUAGUAAGUUCCUUCAACUUUUACCAUGACUUAACUUUUGACAUCCAUUAUGAAGAUCCAUAUAAACCCGAGGUUCUAAUUGAAUAUGGAGAUCCAUAUGGAGACGGUAUGCUGAAAGAAGAUUUAUUAAUGGUUAAUUUCCUGCCACAGUUUCCAAGUAUAGAGUCAUCUUUAAACCGUAAACAAGAGUUUAUAUUUGUAAUAGAUCGAUCAGGUAGUAUGCAUGGUGACAGAAUAGCAAAAUCCAAAGAAACUCUACUACUGUUAUUGAAAAGCGUACCAAUGGAUUGUCUCUUUAAUGUGGUGUCAUUCGGAAGUGACCACACUUUCUUAUUUAAAAAGAGUGAAGAGUAUAAUGAGAAAAAUCUUAAUGCUGCUUUGGCUCUCCAGAGGCGUUUAGAUGCAAAUAUGGGUGGGACAGAAAUUUUACGUCCACUUACGCAGAUAUAUCAACAAAAGGCUAAAAGUGCAUACCCAAGACAGAUAUUCCUUUUAACAGACGGCGAAGUACAAAAUACAAAUGAAGUUAUAUCUCUAGUCAAGCAAAAUGCUGCUAAUACUAGAGUGUUCACCUUUGGAAUAGGAGAAGGUGUGUCGACAAGCCUUAUCAAAGGCGUGGCCAAUGCAUCCAAUGGGAAAGCGACUUUCAUUAGAGACAAAGACAAUAUGCAAGCAAAGGUAAUGUCAGUUAUGAAAUGGUCAAUGGAUGAUUGUUUCUGUAAUGGUAAAGUUGAAUGGCACUUACCACCUGGGUACAAAGUAACUACUAUACCAACACAGCCACCAAACGUCUUCAGAGGAGAGAAAUUAGUAUUAUUUGCAUUGCUGAGCUCUCACGACAAAGAGAGAACAACGUUAGGUUCUGUGAAUUUAAGAGGAGAUAUUGGAGGGAAAACUAUAUCGCACAGUAUGGAAAUUGAUGUCAAACAAACGGCACAUAUUGAUCUUCCGCUACAUCGGGUUGCUGCUAAACACCAGAUAAAGGAAUUGGAAUUAAAUGAUAAAGAUGGUUCCAAUAAGUGGCUCAUUGUAUUAGUAAGUAAAGCUGCUAAUGUUGUGUCUAAGUAUACAUCAUUUAUCGGCGUCGACAGGGAAACAAGAGUUCCAUUAGAAUCACCACCUGAACCACUGAUUGAAAAUCCAUUUUACAAUAUGUACAUACCAUCGUAUGGUACCGGUCGACCACCUCCAUUUCCAAUGUCAUCACCUUUACAACCACCUGCAUUCAAUUCUCCACCACCAGGCCGUUCAGGAACACCGCCACCACCUCCACCACCAGGCCUUUCAGGAACACCGCCACCACCUCCACCACUUAGCGGAAAUGUACGAGCGUAUGGUUCAGGACCACCGCCUCCACCUCCACCACCUGGCGGACAUCUGCCGUCGUAUGGUUCAGGACCACCGCCUCCACCACCUGGCGGACAUCUGCCGACGUAUGGUUCAGGACCACCGCCUCCGCCUCCACCACCUGGCGGACAUCUGCCGUCGUAUGGUGGAGGACCACCGCCUCCACCUCCACCACCUGGCGGACAUCUGCCGUCGUAUGGUGGAGGACCACCGCCUCCACCUCCACCUCCACCACCUGGCGGACAUCUGCCGUCGUAUGGUGGAGGACCACCGCCUCCACCUCCACCACCUUGCGGACAUCUGCCGUCGUAUGGUGGAGGACCACCGCCUCCACCUCCACCACCUGGCGGACAUCUGCCGUCGUAUGGUGGAGGACCACCGCCUCCACCUCCACCACCUGGCGGACAGCUACCGUCGUAUGGUGGAGGACCACCACCACCACCUCCACCAUCUGUAGGCUAUAAUUCAAAUUUGCCACCUGCACCGCCUCCAUCAAGAGCACCUCCUGGCGCGAGUAUGCCGCCAUCUAGAUCAGGACCACCACCAGCAGCACCACCAACAAGCUCAGAUGGAGGCAACAUAUCUAGCGAAAUGGACGAUAUGAUGUUGCUGGUUUCGUUACAAAAUUUCAACGGAUCCUGGUCAUCCUCCCUAGAGAUUGGGAACAUAACGUUGCUGAAAAUUAAUUUACUUGACAACGAGCAAUAUGCGGAAAAUGUUUGGUGCACCGCUAUUGUAAUUAAGUUCUUACAAAAGUUUUAUCCAGACCUUCGAGAUAUCUGGGAUAUGAUUCAGAUGAAAGCACUGCAGUGGAUCAAGUCACAACUCAGAGCCGACCAGACAGUUGACCAACUCUUUCAAGAUGUCGAUGAUGCUUGUGUUGUUUAAUAUUGCAAAAAAUGAGACAAGGCAUUCAUAUGUUCACCAUAGCAGCUCUGUAUAUAAAAAUGCAAUUCAAACCUGAGGAUCAUUUAGUUUAUACGUUUUUAAUGUAUUAUAGGACUUAAAUUGUUAAGCUUCAUUUCAAUUUAAAUAUGCAUUUAUUAUUAACUGUGAUUUACAUAUUUAUUAAUAUAUUAUAAAAUAUGCUUUAAAUGAAUCUUCAAAUAUGUCAAUACUGUUUUCUUUUUAUUAAUGCUAAUGGACUAUAAUCUGAUUCAUAAAUUUAAAAAAAUAAAGUGAGAAUGAAUAAGAAGAAAUGAUUUACGAAAUCUGUAUUAUAAGUAUUUGAAUUGUAUUUUUGCAAUAAAAUGUAUUUGAAGGA